CUGGUCGGAACAGGUACCCUUCACAUCAAUAUUGCACUCGACGACAUCAUAGGAAACUUUGAUGUUAAGUGUAAUAAGGGCAGCUGUCUAUGGACAGGAAAAUUUCACGAGCACGAGCAGCACUUAAAAACCUGUGGAAAAUUUCAAAUGCCGUGUGCCAAUGAUGGGUGCAGAGAGGUGGUGGCAAGGGAGAGGAUGGCAGCACACACUGCGCAAUGUGCAAAGCACAAGCUCCCUUGCCAGCAAUGCAGUAGAAAAAUAACAAGGGAAUCUUUCGAGGAGCAUACGGCUUCCCUUUGCUCUAAUAAGAGAGUAAUAUGCCCACUAAGCUGUGGAACAAGCCUUCCACGGUAAGAUAUUGUCGGUUUAAUUAAGAAAUCAACUGUUAAUGAAUAUUUAAGGCCAAUAAAAUAUCCAAAAGUUGCACCAGCCGGCUCAUCCCUGGUCCUCAUUUUGAUUAUUUUGCAGGCUCCACUUAACACUGCAUUUAAGCGAGUGCCCAGAAAGAGCGCUCCACUGUGCGGUGACUGGUUGCAUUGCCAUCACAAAGCAGAAGAAAGUGCCACAGCACUCAACAAAUAGAGCGGUCGCCCACAGUGUUCUACAGGAAGGAGAAAUCCAGCGUCUGCAGGGCCUGAUGCAUUUCCAGGUGGGAUGCUUGAAUUAUAAAAGUAAUGAGAAGAGAUAUCAUAUGAACAUGAACUGAACAUUCGGUUUCAUUUCAGAGAACCAAACCAAGAUGGAUUUUGGAAGGAAGAGUGGUGUUCUCCUUCCGCUGGAGGGGAGAGAAAUGGAGUAACGUCAAGGGGCCACACCUAUUCAGCACUGAGUACAGGUGCCCAAAUGGGAACAGGUGGAGGGCGCAUCUACGAUUUGCGGGACUCUCCUUGGAGCUGGUGUCCAUAGUGAUGGCAGUGGUAGUGGGAACGAGGUUAGGGACUCAUUUUUACUAUUAAGGAUAGACUCUCACUCUUGACUCUGGAACGCAGUAUAGAGGAUAAAUGAUCGUUGCUGAUAAGCCAGAGUACUUCCAUAUAGCUGACGUAUUUUAUGACGACUAUCAGUAUCGUAAUUUUUCCAUAUAUCAGUGGGGAAAUCUAAAACCAUGUCUCCCAACCUAAAAACUGUUAAAAAGAAAUCAACUUUAUCGUGAUUCACCACAGAUCAUUAAUGACUUUACGCUCUAUGUCUACUGAAUAGUACUGAUACCUGAUUCCUGCGAAGAGAAGGUUUUCCCUUUCCUGGCGAAGGAGAUAAGGGAGGGGGAAGUAGCAGCAAAUAUCCCGCUCUGUGAGCGGGAUCACAUGGAUCCAGAAAACAUUAUGAUUGUCAAGUUUGUCUUGACAUAUUAUCUUUUAAAAGAAGACAAGUAAUUUUUCAUUUAUUAAUUAGGAAAGGUAACGAGGUGGCAAACGAUAACGCAAAAAAUGGAAAUUGUUUAUGCACUAAAACAAAAGUCGAAGCGAUAAGCACAGGACAAACUAACAUGAAAUUUAAAGUAUUUUUGAAUGGAAAACACUUUUAG